AUGGAUCAAGGCUUUAUUCAAUAUUUAUCAAAUUCCUUAAAAGUCAAUAUCCACAACAAGAAAUUUCUAACUCUGACUUUGCAUGGAAUCCAAAAUAUUUUAAUUUGUGGUAAUAAAAUUUGUCAGGAAGAACAAAUCUCCAAUCCGUUUAUAAGUUUAUUUGAACUAGCCGGAGAAUGGCCAGUUCUUAAGAUUAAUGGUGGCAGUAUCUUAGAAAAAUAUUUCAUGUUAGUUAGCGUGCCCAAGCAUUUUGGCAAAAGUAUUCUACGGUGUAAAUAUAAAGCUGCUAUUUCGAAUGAGAACUAUAACCACAGGGCCAAUUUGGUUUCUUAUAUUUAUUUUAAGGUGAUUUUACAUUCGGGAUUUAAUCAAAAUUACCUACGAGUUAGUAGCUACAAGAUAAUUGCGGACAAUAAAGAAAAUAUGAAUGAAGGAACAGAAUAUAAUCCGACUGAAGAAGAAUACGAUCGUAAUGAAAUACUAGAUGAAAAAUAUAAUGCCUUAAAUAUGAUAAAAGAAAGUACAGCUGAGACUAGGAAUGAAGAAAAGAUUUAUGAGGCCAGUGAUAUUGGAUACGGUCCAGAAGAUCCUCGAAGCUACUUUGUAGAUAUUUGCAAUCAGCUUGGCUCAUUUUGGCAAGAUAUUGCUGCAGAGUUAGAUAAUACUAUCAAUAUCAAUGAAAUUUACGAAAGCUACGAUCAGAAUUAUCAAAGAGCGAGGGCAGUUUUGAAGCGUUGGUAUCAAAAUAAUUCAGAAAAUGCAACAUUUGAUCGACUUAUCGAAGCACUGAUCAACAUUGAUCGAGGAGAUAUGUCAGACCAUUUAGAUUUCGAUCGGCAGAUAAUGAGAUCAAUACAAGGAAAAGGAUUAGAAAUAAGAACACGGAAACGAAAUAAGCUACUAAAUAGACUGCAAGAUGAAACAUUUUCAGUAGUUGACGGCGUGGGAUUUAUAUCCGAGAGGCCAUCAAGAAUUUCUACUCAGAGCGAAAAGGAGCUGAAAUCUAUCAUGAAUAGUAUUCAAAAAAAUGAUUCAGAUACUGUUCUAGAUGCUACUCGACGUUUACGAAAACUACUAUACGCAGAUCCAUAUGUUCAAGAUAUCCUGGAUUUAGACAUCAUAGAAAGACUUAUCGAUCUAUUGAACGAUGAUGGCCAACAAGCUCAGCUGGAAGCCACGUCAAUUAUCGCAAUUAUUUCCUCUGGGUCAUCUAUCCAAACUGCUACUGUUUUGCAAGCUGGUUCUGCACCUUUUUUAAUCGAAUUGCUUUCUAGCAGCAAUACUGAUAUUCAAGAGCAGUCAGUUUGGGCUUUAGGAAAUAUGGCUAGUGAAAGUACCCAAUGUCGUGAUUACCUAAUAGAGCUCGAGAUUAUGGAACCUUUGCUAAAAUUAAUUAAAAACAAUCCAAGUUUACCCUUAUUACGUAAUGCAAUAUGGGCGCUUUCAAAUCUUUGCCUAAGCUUUCAUCGUAUGCCGGACAUGGAUGAGGCUUUUACUUCACUGCCAAUCCUAGUGAAACUGUUGUCUCAUGAAGAUAAUGAAGUUUUAAUUGACACUUGCACGGCUUUAUCCAAUCUAGCAGAUGGUAUCGAGAUUUAUAUGCCUGUCCAUUAUCAAAUAGGAGCUGUUGUUAACGCUGGAGCAUGCGAACCUUUAAUAAAAUUAUUGCGACAUGAAGAUGAAAUAGUUCAAUCUACUUCCUUGAAGGUAGUGAACAAUAUAUCUAUUGGCACUGAAUCGCAGAUCCAGACACUGAUUGAUGCCCAGGUCUUGCCAAGCCUUUUACAUCUACUGGAUUCAUCAGAUGACGUUAUUAAAAUGCAAACAUGUCGAAUAUUAUCGAAUUUUGCAGCUGGCAAUAACAGCCAAGCUCAGGCAGUACUUGAUGCUAAUAUUUCUCCUAAACUUCUCAUGAUACGGGAUACGGUCGAUGCUAAAACCCAAAAUGAAAUCGUAUUGGUUUAUGCUAAUUUAAUCGAAGCAAGCACUAAACAAAUUAAAAAUUUCGUCGAUCAUAAAGUCCUUAAACUUCUAUGUGAUGUACUUACCAUAUCAAAUACUGAAGUUGUACGAGCCUCGGUGCAAGCCUUAAGUAAAAUGGUUACCACUGGUAGCAAAUCGGUAGAAAUUGAUAAGAUAUCUGAUGAAUUUCUAAGCUAUCUUGAAGAAAUAGGAGGAAUUACCAAAAUAAAGGCUCUAAUCAAUCAUAAGGACGAAAAAAUUUGUGCAGCAUCACAGAAUAUUCUCGAUAUCCAGUUUGCAUCCAGUAAAGAUAAUAAGUAA